AUGGCUCUGAGUCGCCCAGAACCCUAUGAGGGUAUGCCUCUACCCACCUCCCAGACGAGAUCGGGCACCAAUGAGGGUCAUCCGGGGUACGCAAUGGAACAACAACAAAUUCAUGGAUCCCACGGUGGGCACUAUGGGGUGCAAGGUGCUCAACACGGGGGAUACCAAGGUGUACAAAACGAUGGGGGCUGGACAGAGCGAGUCCUCGAUGAAAUGAAGGACAUGCUACUUCUUCUCACACCCCAGGGCCGAAUCACCUAUGCCUCACCGUCGUGCAAGAAUAUCACCGGCCGUGUUGCAAAACAACUCGAGGGAAGCCUCCUGGCACAGUACAUUCAUGAGGAUGACCAGCCCAUCUUCCAGAGAGAUUUGGAUGACUCGGUCGCCGCGAACCAAUCGUUCCGGACCCAUUUACGAUUCCAAAAGACCAACAACACAUAUUGUCUCAUGGAGGCCUAUGGUCACCCACAUCUUGCAAACCAGGAUGGGCGUCCGACAGAGAGGACUGCACCCGCCAACAGGUGCUGCACCGGCUUUUUCCUCGUGUGCCGACCAUAUUCCAACAAGGUCUCGCAGCUCCUUGACUCUUUUUUGGAGCACAAGAUUGAGAACGCACGUCUGAUCCAACAUAUUGCCAAACUGAAGGAAGAAGAAGAAGAAGAUGCGACCGCGACUCGGGUGCCCUAUUUCAGAAGCGACCAGGAUAUUCGGGCUCCCGCGACCGAGAACCAGAGCCAACAACCCGCUCCCUCAGGAGAAUUGUCUAGUGAUCCUGAUACUACGGACACCGUGGGGCCGAACUCGGAUGAAUCCGACACGGGUCAAUCGACGGGCAAUUACCCAGAGCCCACCACCCGCGAAGUUUACUCACACAUCGACGGCAUCGAAGUUAUGACUGGUCUUAACUAUGCAGAGGGCGAGAGAUCGCAAGGCCUCAGUACAGGUGGCAGCCGUGGCCGUCUUAUACAUUGCGAUAUCGACAUCACCACGGCUGCUGACCAAGAGCGCAACGCUCAGGAAGGCGACCGCCGUAAAAGGCUCAAGGCCCAGCAUGUCUGUAGCGACUGCGGAACGGCAGACUCGCCAGAAUGGAGAAAGGGGCCUAACGGGCCUAAGACCUUGUGCAAUGCUUGUGGCUUGCGCUGGUCUAAGAAGGAGAAGAGGCGCCAGGAGUCGGCCUAA